AUGAGUAGAAAACGAGGCCGUUCGGGCGAUGAAACCGCACAAAAGAGUGAAUUUGCGCCCAAUGUGCCCAAGAAACAGAAAACAUUCAAUUUCCUGGCCUAUCCACGCCGGAAAAUCGCCAUACAGUACUUUUAUCUCGGCUGGCAACACGACGGACUCGUCCAACAGCCAAAUACUCAAAAUACAGUCGAGCAUGUGAGGAAAACUUCUUUUGCUGAGAAAUUGUAUACAAACGUUUAGCAUCUGAUGGAAGCGCUUUUGAAGACUCAUUUGAUUGAAGACUGGUCGAAAUGCGAUAUUUCACGAUGCGGAAGAACCGAUAAAGGCGUUUCGGCGUUUAGACAAACCACCGCGCUCACCGUAAGGUAGAAACAUAUUUUUUUCCGAAUAUCUGCAAAAAACAUGUUUAGAUCGUGCUGUCUUGCCGAAAACGGAGUGUUUUGGGAUGACCGUACGCCGGAAGAGCUCAAAAAUCAGUUCAAAUCGAAAAGCGAGGAACUUCCCUACAUCAAAAUGCUCAAUUCGGUGCUUCCGAAGAGCAUACGCGUGUUUGCGUGGGUGUCAAUGUUUGAAAAUGUUGAAAAAUCUCUCAAAAUGUUUCAGAUGGGCUCCCGUACCGACUGCUUUCAGCGCCAGAUUCGAUUGUACACGGAGAACGUACAAAUACGCGUUCGCCAGGGCCGGACUCGAUUUAGAUGUGCAAAAAAGCUAUAGAAUUUUCUGAAACAAUGCCAACUUUUGUAGAAAAUGCGUGACGCGGCGGCGCGUCUCGUCGGCGAGCACGAUUUCUCCAACUUUUGCCAGCUGGACAUGAGCGAGGUGCGUCUGCGGCAGUCGUUCGUCCGAUCCAUCUUUGAUGUCAGUGUGGAGGAGGUGUCGGAGGCCCGCAAAGAGCUGUAUUCGAUGGUCGAAUUGACGAUAACCGGCAGCGGAUUUCUGUGGCACAUGAUCAGAUACAUUGUGACCGUUCUCCACGAGAUCGGACGGGGAAACGAGCAGCCGGAACUGAUUUCGGAGCUGUUGGACCUCCGAAAAUACCCGAGUCGGCCACAGUACACCCUCUCCUCGGACACUCCGUUGUGUCUUUUCGACUGUGGAUACCGGGGAAUCGAGUGGAAAAUUGACGAACACGUGCUCAAGGCGACUAUAGUCGGAGUACAGAAACAGUGGGCCGCCUAUCAGUCGAGGUUGGGGAAUUUAAGACGAAAAAACAGCGAAGAAAAUGCUAGAACAGGCCGGAAUUGGAAUGUUUCGUGGUGCGCGGGCCGUGUUUGUUUUUUCCGGCUGAUUCAAGAAUUCUCUCCACUGUUUUCCUCGUUUCUCUUCUAGAUGUUCACGAGCACAUCUUCUAAAAAACAAAAAAUUUGGGCGUGGCCUCCGCCGAGCACUUUAAAAAGAAAAAUAGUCAUUUGACCACAAAAUCCAAGAAAAAAGUGCUGAAAUCGUAAAAAGUCUGUGGCGGAGAAGGCCACACUCCCCAUAUUGAGAUUGUGUACUUUUAUUUCAGAAGCCGAAUGUUGGAGAACAUGCUCGGCGAGCUGACCGCGAUGACGUCAACGGUGGACGAGUCGAAGGGCCUCCACGAAUUCGUGCAGGACCGUCCGAUUCCGGGGAAUUAUGUGAAAUUUGUCGAUCGGAAACGAUGCGAGAGUGUUGAGUCGAGAAAGGAGCGGUUGGCGGCGCGGAAAGCCGAAAAAAUCGAGGACAAGUAAUUGUUUUGUUGUUUUAUUGUUGUUUCAGUGCGUUGAAAAUUGCUUGUUUUUCUAUGCUCGUACAUUUUUGAAGCCAAAUCGGUCUCUGAAACCGUUGGAAUACCGCUUUGAAAAAAAUUGCAUUUUUCCACUGAAAUCCACUUUUCAGACAAAAAUGUCAGUGAUCAAUGAUGAAAAUGGACGGCCCUACAAGGUGCAUUUGUGUAAAGUGAGUUUUCUUUAUAAUUUCAUAAACAUUUUGCAAAAAAGGAAAGUUUUAGACAAAUAUCGCUCAAAACAACAAUAAAUUCUACGAUAUGGAGUUGUUGGAGACGUCUGCUGGACACGACGAAAACUACGAGUAAUUUCUCAAUUUGUGUACAGAUUUUUCACGAAAACGUUCAAUGUUUAGGGUGAAACUGAUCAACGGAAGAGUUGGCUACAAGGGAGUGACGCACGGCAAGACAUUCGGGGAUUUGGAGACGGCGAAGCACUUUUUCGAGCAGAAAUUCCACGAGAAAACCGCUCUGAAGUGGGAGGUGAUGACAGAUUUUUUUGGCAGCCGUAAGGCUACCUAAUUUACCCGGUCUGUAGCAGGUCUAAAUUUCAUCUAUAUGUCAUAUUCACACGCUCAAAAAUGCCACCAUCUCUUACGUUUUACAACGGAUCCUUCAAAAAGAAAAGUAAUUUUGUACUUGUUUUGCAGGAACGAGACUCGGAACCGGUCCCGAACAAGUACGUCGUCGUCGAAUUGGCGAAUAACACGAAAAAAGAGCCGGUCGCACCGGCGGAGCCCGAAAAAAAGGCACGCGGCAGAAAGAAGAAGCUCGCCGCCGAGCCGCCGGAGGAGGCGGAAGAAUCGGUGAAACAGCUGAUGAAGUGCAUUUGCGACGAGGACGUGCACCUGGGACUCCUCAAACAACUGAAAUUCAACGAAGAGUUCGGAAAACCCAUCGAUUGUCUGAGUUUGGCACAAUUGGAGAACGGAUUCCAGAUUUUGAGCACUAUCGAGACGGCGAUCGGCGGCAAAAAAGGUAGAUUAAUUUCAUUGACGUGUUUUUUCCAAAUUUUCUCUUGCAGCGGCUCUCCGCUCGUCAACGCGAUCCCGAUCCCGACCAGCGGGACCACCACCAUCCACCACAAAUGUCGUGCACGAGACGAACAAGUACUACUCGCUGAUUCCCCACUCGUUCGGUUUCUCGGUGCCGCCGAAGAUCGACAGUCUGGCGAGAGUGCAGGCGGAACGGGAGCUUCUCGACGCGCUCAAAGGGUGCAUUGAGGCGGCGCAGAACGUGAAGGAUCUGAAGAGGACCGGCUCCGAGCGGAACAUCUAUCAGAGACUCUACGAGCGACUUCCCUGUCAAUUGGAGCGAGUUUCCCGCGAGAUCGCCGAGAAAAUUGGCGAUUGCUUGAAAAUGCGCGGUCCGACGCACUUUUUCAAACUCUCCUUGAUGGAUGCGUGGGCGUUGAGGUCCGAACAUGAUGGUCGCAACGUUGAGGUCCCUGAAAAACGGGCUAGAAGAGGAAAAAAGGUGUCGUGUGAGCCCACAAAACGCCUUCUCUGGCACGGAACCCGCGUGACGAACGUCUUCUCGAUCCUCAUGAACGGUCUCGAAAUCCCAGAAGGCGACCGCUGCGGCCUAAUGUUCGGAAACGGCGUCUAUUUCGCGAAUGUGCCCACGAAAUCCGCGAAUUACUGUGUCCCCGAGGCCUCCUCGCGUGUUUUCAUGCUCCUCUGCGAAGUGGACGUCGCGAAUCCGUUGAUAUUGUACGAGUCGGAGACCGACGCCGCCGAGCAACUUGUCAAGCACGCCAAAUCGUCGGUUUAUGCGGCUGGAAAGCAUACGCCCAGGGAGACUGUUGACAUGUUAGUGAUCGAUAAGAAAGAAGUACAACAAUUCCUUACACCUUCCUUUUAGUGAUGGCAUUCCGGCGUUCAAAUCGCAAAUCGAAGAGAUUCCGGAAGAAACGCGUCUGCUGUACGACGAGUACGUGAUGUUCGAUAAAGAAAAGUUCAAGAUCAAGUACGUGGUCGAGGUGAAAGUGGACAAGUUGACGGCCGCCGAAAUGAUGGAAUAA